GACUCCUCCCCGUAGCCCCGCCUCGUCCAGGCCCCGCCCCGCCCGCGCCGCAGCCCGGCCCAGCUCAGCCAAUCACCCGCGGCGCGCGUCCGUACGCUUAGCCUCGCCCGCCCCGGCCGGGACUCCUCUCGCUCAUUCCGCUGCCGGCGUCCGCAGACUCGGUACUCAAAGAUGGCAGAAGCUCAUCAAGCUGUGGCCUUCCAGUUCACUGUCACCCCCGAUGGCAUCGACCUCCGCCUGAGCCAUGAAGCCCUCAAACAGAUAUGCUUGUCGGGACUGCAUUCCUGGAAGAAGAAGUUCAUCCGAUUCAAGAAUGGCAUCAUCACUGGUGUGUUCCCGGCGAGUCCCUCCAGCUGGCUUAUCGUGGUGGUGGGUGUGAUAUCAUCCAUGCAUGCCAAAGUGGACCCCUCCCUGGGCAUGAUCGCUAAGAUCAACCAGACCCUGGACACCACUGGCCGCAUGUCAAGUCAGACAAAGAACGUGGUGAGCGGCAUCCUCUUCGGCACCGGGCUCUGGGUCGCGGUCAUCGUGACUAUGCGCUACUCACUGAAGGUGCUGCUCUCCUACCACGGCUGGAUGUUCGCGGAGCACGGCAAAAUGAGCCGAAGCACCAGGAUCUGGAUGGCUAUGGUCAAGGUCUUCUCAGGCCGAAAGCCCAUGCUGUACAGCUUCCAGACGUCUCUGCCGCGCCUGCCUGUCCCAGCCGUCAAAGACACCGUGAGCCGGUACUUAGAAUCUGUGAGGCCGCUGAUGAAGGAAGGAGACUUCCAACGCAUGACAGUGCUGGCCGAGGAUUUCGCAGUCAAUCUUGGACCCAAAUUGCAGUGGUAUUUGAAGCUAAAAUCCUGGUGGGCCACAAAUUAUGUGAGCGACUGGUGGGAGGAGUACAUCUACCUGCGGGGCCGAGGGCCGCUAAUGGUCAACAGCAACUACUACGCUAUGGAGAUGCUGUACAUCACCCCAACCCACAUUCAGGCGGCAAGAGCCGGCAACACUAUCCAUGCCAUGCUGCUGUAUCGUCGCAAGCUGGACCGUGAGGAGCUCAAGCCCAUUCGUCUUCUGGGAAACACGAUUCCGCUCUGCUCUGCCCAGUGGGAGCGACUCUUCAACACCUCCCGUAUACCCGGGGAGGAGACAGACACCAUCCAGCACAUCAAGGACAGCCGGCACAUUGUCGUGUACCACAGGGGCCGCUACUUCAAAGUCUGGCUCUACCAUGAUGGGAGGCUGCUGAGGCCCCGAGAGCUGGAGCAACAGAUGCAGCACAUCCUGGAUGACCCCUCAGAGCCACAGCCCGGGGAAGCCAAGCUGGCCGCCCUCACAGCUGCAGACAGAGUGCCCUGGGCAAAGUGUCGGCAGACCUAUUUUGCACGUGGGAAAAAUAAGCAGUCCCUGGACGCGGUGGAAAAGGCGGCAUUCUUCGUGACAUUGGACGAAUCGGAGCAGGGUUACAGGGAGGAGGACCCGGAGGCAUCCUUAGACAGCUACGCCAAGUCUCUACUGCAUGGCAAAUGUUUUGACAGGUGGUUUGACAAGUCCCUCACAUUUGUUGUCUUCAAAAACAGCAAGAUAGGCAUGAACGCUGAGCACUCCUGGGCGGACGCGCCCAUCGUGGGCCAUCUGUGGGAGUAUGUCAUGGCCACUGACAUCUUCCAGUUGUGUUAUGCAGAGGAUGGACAUUGUAGGGGAGACACCAACCCCAACAUCCCCAAGCCCACCAGGCUACAGUGGGAGAUCCCAGGAGAGUGUCAGGAGGUCAUAGAGACUUCCCUGAGCAGCGCCAGCCUUUUGGCAAAUGACGUGGACCUGCAUUCCUUCCCAUUUGACACCUUUGGCAAAGGGUUGAUCAAGAAGUGCCGGACGAGCCCGGAUGCCUUCAUCCAGCUGGCACUGCAGCUGGCACACUACAGGGACAUGGGCAAGUUCUGCCUCACGUACGAGGCCUCCAUGACUCGGCUCUUCCGAGAGGGUAGGACAGAGACUGUGCGCUCCUGCACCACAGAGUCCUGCAACUUCGUCAUGGCUAUGAUGGACCCCACGAAAACGGUGGAGCAGAGGCUCAAGCUGUUCAAGAUAGCUUGCGAGAAGCACCAGCACCUGUACCGCCUCGCCAUGACCGGUGCCGGCAUCGACCGUCACCUCUUCUGCCUCUAUGUGGUGUCCAAGUAUCUGGCAGUUGACUCUCCUUUCUUGAAGGAGGUUUUGUCUGAGCCAUGGAGGUUAUCCACAAGUCAGACUCCUCAGCAGCAGGUGGAGCUGUUUGACUUUGAGAAAAAUCCCGAGUAUGUGUCGUGUGGAGGUGGCUUUGGGCCGGUUGCUGAUGAUGGCUAUGGUGUUUCAUACAUUAUUGUGGGAGAGAAUUUCAUCCACUUCCACAUUUCUUCCAAGUUCUCUAGCCCUGAGACAGACUCACACCGCUUCGGGAAACACUUGAAAGACGCCAUGGUGGACAUUAUCACCUUGUUUGGCCUCACCACCAAUUCCAAAAAGUAACCUCCUGAGCCACAUGGAAGGAAGACAGACUCUUGUGAUACAAACCAAAUGAAUAGGUGUCGCUCCUGAUUGUAGGACAGGCAGAAAAUUGCUCUCCUAAGACUCAGUUUUCCUUCCAGAAGGUUUACCGCCUGUCUCCCUAGAACAACAGUAGGCCCCACUGUGAAGUGUGACCCUACUACAUCCAGAGAUGCCCUGGCUCCUGGAAUACUGGGCACAGUCCCCUCAAGUCUUUUGAAUCAGCUCCUACUGGAUGAAGAGAUUAAAAUGCUGGUGAAUUCCUGGAUUAUUAGGGUUGUAGCCUCACAUGUGUUGGAGGUGACAAGACUUCCUUGGGGGUAACUUAUAAAUACCUGGGUCUGGAGGGUGUCUGACUCCACCCAGGCAGUGCAAAGGUCACCUUGUCUUCGGAGCCAGUGGACUUAACAGCUAACACACACGUAAUGCACUAAUGGAAUGCUUGGGCCUGGGAUUAAGGUUUUGCUGUGGGUGACAGCCGUCAUCCCUUUGGGAGUCCACAUUUCCAGGAAGGAGGACACCACCUUGUCAAUGUCACCAUCCUCACACGUCUUCAAAACCCAGUGCCUUAAAGUCGCAAGCCCCUUGGUAAGCGGGGCAUUAGAGACUUAUUUGUCAAGUCUUUGGGUGGAUAUGUGAGGAUGUGGCUUCCCCUCACGGUUUCCUACAUAGGGACGCCUGCCCCUAAGUACGCACUUCCCCUACCCCGGAAGACCAGGUCCCUCCCUGGUGAGGCAGCAGUGCUAGAGUCUCAUUGAGCAGCAGAAUAGGCAUGCGUCAGCAGCGGGGAGCAAGGGUUCGGGAAUCCAACUCUAUAGUUGGAGACCAGCUGGAGAAUGUGGCUUGGUAUAUUUGGCAGCUGGUGGCGAGGAGAGUAGGACCCUGGUCACUGACACAGGCAGCCAGAAGACACACACCCUAGACAUCAGUGGGAUCACCUUCUAAUCCCACCCAGUCAGAGAGACUUGCUCUCAGUUCCAUAGAAGAUGAGAUCGUUUUGGCAACAGACUCAGGGGUCUCAAGCGAUGGGUGCUUUGUACCCAAAUGCCAUCCCUCAGUGGGAGUGCCUUUCUGAAAGCGCCUGAUGGACCGCAAGGCAAUUCCACACCAAGUCUGUUUGGACUUUCGUAAACAGAAGCAUAACGGAUCCCCCCCCACAUCCACACCCUGUCCUGACAAGCUUAGCUACCAGUGUUUUAAAUCAUGUAUUUAUUUUUCUGACCACUUCCAAUGUGCCCUCUGGCCUGGCUGAAUUCCUGCCUCUGUGCUAGCAGUAACACAAAAGUCAGGGUGACCAGCCAUGCCAAGAGGUGCACGCAGAACUGCUUAUGCAUGUCUUACGAAUAUGUGUGUAUAGAUUUUGUAAUCUAAAAAAAUUACACCUAAGAGGGCCAAAGAUUUUUUCUUCUUAAAAACGGAACAAAAGGCAGUAUAAAUACAAAAGCAGAAGCAAGCAGUACGUCAGAGCCUCCUAAACUCGGCUGUUCUGACCACUGACCAACCUUUGUUAGCCCAGGAGCCCUGCUGGUGCCCAGGUGUCACAUUCCCCUCUCAGGUUUCCAGUCCUUGCUGCUCCUGAGCACUUACCAAUGCAAUGUUCUGGUCCUUACAGGGUGGAAGGGUGGGCUUUCACUGCGCGCUGAAAGGAGGCAAGACUAUGAUGUAUUUAAUUUAAUGAGGAACAAAACAUAGUCUUACCUACCGCAGCCAAGGUUUGAAUUCGGUAUCCUAAUCUGUCCAUUGCCUGUAAAUACCAUAUGCUGUCUGGAUAUAAAUCUUAGAAAUGCAUGUGUGAAUGGAAGUAGCUGACCAUUAAUAAAACAUUAAUCCUGUCUACUCCA